AUGGAUAAGACUCUUCAAAGAAUAAUAAGAUAAACUCAAAAACAUGUUGACUCUAAAUCUAAUUGUUAUUUUGAUCAAUAUUCCUUUAAUUACACCAGAGAUCUUCUUGGUGAAGGAUCAUUUGGUAGGUUAUAAUAUCUAAGACCAUUAGUGUGUAUCGAGGAAUCCAAGGAAAUUCUUAUGUUGCUAUAAAGAUCCUUAAUCUCAAAUUAUAUGACAAUCCAAGUUAUAAAUAAGCACUUAAAAAUGAAAUUACUCUCAUGAUGGAACUUUAGAGUCCCAAUGUUGUAAGGAUAUUAGAUGUAAUCAAUUCAAAUUCAUAUAAUAGGCAUUAUGUGAUUAACAAGAUAAUGAACUCUUUUUAAUUAUUGAAUAUUGUGAAGGAGGUGAUCUUCGUCAUCUUUUGUCUCAUUAACCAAACUAAAGAUUUUAAGAAUAAGCUGCUGUUGCUAUAAUUUCUUAAACAAUUUAAGGAUUAUCAGAAUUACUACAGAAAAAUUAUAUGCAUCGUGACAUUAAAGUAAUAUUUUAACAUUAAAUCAGCCUGAUAAUAUUCUUCUUAAGUAAAAUACCUAUAAAGUUGCUGACUUUGGUCUUGCUGCUAAAAUUCCUCCAAAAUAAGUCUUAAGAGGUAUAUAUAACUAUUUUACAUACUUUAAGCCCAAGCGGGAACACCUUUGUAUAUGUCACCAUAAGUUUUAGAAUGUAAAGAAUACUCUAAUAAAUGUGACAUUUGGUCUUUGGGAUUAGUUUUAUAUGAACUUCUUUUUGGUAGAACUCCUUGGUUAUGCAGAAGUUUUGAUACUUAUUUAAUGGAGAUCUAAACUAAGCCUUUGUAAUUCCCUUAUGAAAUAGAGAUUUCAGCUAAUGUAAAAGAUUUCAUUAAGAGAUGUUUAAAAAUUGAAGAACACAAUAGGAUGAGUUGGACAGAAUUAUUAAAACAUCCUAUGUUAUAAUUUCAAGGAAAAUUGAAACGAUAAGCUACUUAAGAAAGAUUAAAUUUUACAAUUUUAGAAAGAGAAUAUUUACAUAAUAUCUAAUUAGUAUGUGCUCAACAUAAUAUGUAAGCAAAAGAUUUAAUGAAAUAAUGUGGGAAGACUCAUAUUAAUGAAUAAGAAUUUUAGAAUAUGCUACGUAAGAUUAUGAAUUAAGAUAAUGAUGAAAUUAGUAAAUAAUUAUUUGUUAAAUUUGAUUAAUCAAAAGAUGGAUUGAUAAGUGCUUAAGAAUUUGAAUAUCUAUUUAGUGAAUAUGAUUUUGCACCUAUUAAUACAAUUGCUGUUUAAAUUACUCAUGAAUUAUAGGCAAUUAUUAAAAUGUAUAAAAUUUCAUUGAAAUAAUUAUUUUAACAAUUAGAUUAAGAUAAAAAUGGAUAUCUUGAUCAAAAAGAAUUUGAAUUUCUUAUUAAAAAGAUAGCACCAAAACUAUCUUAAAAAAAUAUCUUAGAAAUAUUCAAAAAUUAUGAUUAAGAUAAUGAUGGCAAGAUUAGUUUAAAAGAAUUAUAAUUUGUUCUUUAAAGUAAGAAUUAUAAAAAAUUAAAAAUCAUUUUAAAUAGAAUACGUGAAACUUUAAUGAAAAAAUCAGUAUCCACUCAUACAUUGUUUACUUAAAUAGAUAAAGAAUAGAAGGGAUAUUUAAAUUUCAAAGAUUUUGAGUAUUUAAUUGGAAAAUUAGAUAAAUUAAAUAGAUCUGAUGUAUAAGAUUUAUUUAAUUUGUUUGAUGAAGAUGAGAAUGGUAAAAUAUCUUUAAAUGAAUUUAAUUCAUUGUUAAAUUUAUGA